AUGGCCACCGCCGACGUCGAACAGCUGGCUCUUCCCUCGCGCGAGCGAGUCGAGCCCGGCUCCUACAAUAUCCCCCUCGGGACGUUCCCCGCAACUAACGCCGCUGCCCCAGAGGACCCUGACAAGAUCGCGACCACGGUCAUCGAGCAAUUAAACCGCAGCAUCGCGGAAAAAGACACACAGGCCCUUGUUCGGUUGUUUUUGGACAACAGCUACUGGCGCGACCACCUCUGUCUGUCCUGGGACUUCCGCACGCUCAAGGGAGCGGACGCCGUCGCUGCCUUCGUGACCGCGAGCUCGUCCUCACUGACUCUCGAGGUUGAUCGCUCUUCGCCUUUCCGCGCUCCGCAUAAUGGGCCGAUCGAUGCCUAUGGCGAAGUUCAUGGUGUGGAGUUCUUUACCAAGGUCACCACCGAAUUUGGUGCGGGACAGGGCAUUUUCCGACUGGCCCAGGAGGGCAGCGACUGGAAGAUCUGUAUGGCCUUCACGUCGCUUUUGGAGCUGACGGGCCACGAAGAGGCCACUGGCCACCGAAGACCUGUCGGCGUGCAACACGGCGAGCAGCACGGACGAAAGAACUGGCAGGAUCGACGCACGGCAGACACCAACUACGAGGAUAAGGACCCAGCAGUCAUUAUCGUCGGCGCGGGCCAAGGUGGUUUGACUGUGGGUGCCCGCCUCAAGAUGCUCAACGUCGACACUCUGAUCAUCGACCAAGAAGAUCGGAUUGGCGAUAGCUGGCGUCGCCGCUACCACCAGCUCGUGCUCCAUGACCCAGUGUGGUUUGACCACCUGCCAUAUCUCAAUUUCCCGGCUAAUUGGCCGAUCUUCACACCCAAAGACAAGCUGGCUGAGUUCUUCGAGUCCUAUGUCAAGCUGCUAGAGUUGAACGUCUGGACCCACACCGAGCUGACCUCGUCUUCCUGGGAUGAGACCAAGAAGCAGUGGACAGUGGUUCUCACGCGCACGAAAGCAGACGGCUCGACCGAGACACGCACCUUCCACCCGCGGCACGUUAUCCAGGCCACGGGCCACUCGGGGAAGAAGAAUGCGCCCGUCUUUAAGGGAGCAGAGAACUUCGCGGGUGAUCGUAUCUGCCACAGCUCUGAAUUCCCGGGCGCGGCGGCUGGCUCGACCGGCAAGAAGGCCGUCGUGGUCGGUUCGUGCAACUCCGGCCAUGACAUCGCGCAGGACUAUGUCGAGAAGGGAUACGAGGUGACCAUGGUGCAGCGCAGCUCGACAUGCGUGGUGUCGUCGAGCUCGAUCGUCGGCAUUGGCCUGAAGGGGCUGUACGAGGAGGCGGGUCCGCAGACGGAAGAUGCGGACUUGUAUCUGUGGAGCAUCCCGCCGGAGCUGUUCAAGACACAGCAGACAAAGAUCACAAAGCUUAUUAACCAAAACGACGCGGCGACCCUGGAGGGCCUGGAGAAGGCCGGGUUCAAGGUGGACAGUGGGCCCAUGGACGCGGGGCUGUUGGUCAAAUAUCUCCAGCGGGGUGGAGGGUACUACAUCGACGUCGGGGCGAGCCAGUUGAUCGUGGAUGGGAAGAUCAAGGUGAAGCAGGGCCAGGAGAUCAGCGAGGUUCUGCCGCAUGGAUUGCGUUUCGCCGAUGGCUCGGAGCUGGAGGCCGACGAGAUUGUCUUUGCGACAGGCUACCAGAACAUGCGCACGCAGGCGCGGCUCAUCUUUGGCGACGCAGUGGCUGAUCGCGUCGGGGAUGUCUGGGGCCUGGACAGUGAGGGCGAAAUGCGGACGAUCUGGCGCCGCAGUGGCCACCCAGGUUUCUGGUUCAUGGGCGGGAAUCUUGCGUUGUGUCGGUACUACUCACGUCUUCUGGCGUUGCAGAUCAAGGCGCUGGAAGAAGGCGUGGCUACGUAUUAG